GAAAAGUCUGUAGGUACACAAGUAAUGAUUUUUCUGUCUUAGCCUUGAAAAGUAUUCUUUUUGGCUAUUUUGUUUUAAGUUACCACUAUGUUUUUAGAAGAAUCUCACUGAAGUAUCUGCAGCCUCAGCUGGUGUAAUACACCAAGGCUGUGGAUUCAAUCCCCGUGUGGAUUAAUUUAAGAGCCAGACUCCAUGAUCCUUGACCCUUCCAACUCAGAAUAUUCUGUGAAUCUGGGAACUUAAGUGCAGUCAGCAAAAGCUACCCCUGCAUGGUGACUCCAUCACACAGAGACUUCACUCUAAAGCUUUUAGCCAGCGUUUGAGUAAAAGGCUUUCUUUUCUCAUAUGCUAUCAUUCCGAGAAGGGUAUUUUUGCCCAGAAGUGGUGGGAGCUGUCACGGGGCCGUGCUGCCCCGUUCCCGCGGACGGCCGGCAGAGUGGGGUGCUCCGGGGAGCCUCUCCCGCAGCUGCUCCGCUGGGUUUCGGCCGCCGCGGGGAUGCCGGCUCCUCUCUCCGUGCCCGCAGCGCCCGGGCCAGCAGCGGGGACGGACACGAGGUGGCGGUGCCGGCGCGCCCGCGGCUCUCCCCGUUAGAGACCCACAAGUAGAGCGGGUCCUCCGCACCGCCGGAGCCGCCCCCGGUCCCUCCUCCUCCCUCCCUGCCGGCUCCGGGGAGAUGAGGAGCGGCGGCAGCGGGAGCGAGUCCCGGUGCUGCCCGGCAGCCGCGGCCGCGCGCUCCGGGAGCCCCCGCGCUGCCGGCCCGCAUCGCCGCCGGGGACCCCGCGCAGCCGGGACAGACCUGUGAAUGACCAUAGGCUUGGCUUGACCUUGAUUUUGAUGGCUUUGUUGGAAGAUCUGAUGAUGUGAUUGCAUGUCAUGAGGUGAUUGCUCUCCAGCCUCCAGCCUCCGUGGCUCAGUGCAUAAACCACUUCUGCCACACUGUCACUCAUGGACAAUUCUGAUUUUUCUUUUAAACAAUCCUUUUGGCUGUUUUUAUCUUCUCACUCUUAUUUCCCCCUUGUUUCUUCUUAAUGUUGGGAGCUUUAUUCUACCCUCUGAUGUGAUUGAUAGUCCUGCUUCUCCGUGCUGCUGAUUUCCAGUUUCAACUACAAUGGCUCUAAGUGGCAACUGCAGGACUUACCUUCCUGCCCGGGAGCAGGGCACGGGGCUGCACUCCUUCCCCGAGGUGGUGGAGCUCAACGUGGGCGGCCAGGUUUACUUCACUCGCCACUCCACCUUGGUUGGCACCCCUCACUCCCUGCUCUGGAAAAUGUUCACCCCAAAGAGGGACACAGCCAACGAUCUGGCCAAGGACUCCAAGGGAAGGUUCUUCAUUGACAGAGAUGGUUUCCUGUUCCGAUAUAUUCUGGACUUUCUCAGGGACAAGCAAGUGGUUCUGCCCGACCACUUCCCAGAGAGGGGAAGGCUCAGGAGGGAGGCUGAGUACUUCCAGCUCCCGGACUUGGUCAAGCUCCUGACUCCCGACGACAGCAAGCAAAGCCCUGAUGAUUACUGCCACAGCGACUACGAAGAGGUGUCCCAGGGCAGUGACACCAGAAUAUGCCCCCCCUCGUCGCUCCUACCGCCGGACCGCAAGUGGGGAUUCAUCACCAUCGGCUACCGUGGCUCCUGCACUAUUGGCAGGGAGAGCCAAGCAGAUGCCAAAUUCAGGAGGGUCCCAAGGAUUUUGGUUUGUGGAAGGAUUUCUUUGGUCAAAGAGGUUUUUGGAGAAAGUUUGAAUGAAAGCAGAGACCCGGACAGGGCUCCAGAGAGGUACACCUCCAGGUUUUAUCUCAAGUUCAAGCACCUGGAGAGGGCUUUUGACAUGUUGUCCGAGUGUGGAUUCCACAUGGUGGCCUGUAACUCCUCGGUGACGGCUUCCUUCGUCAACCAGUACACAGACGACAAGGUCUGGUCCAGCUACACCGAAUAUGUCUUCUACCGCGAGCCCUCCCGCUGGUCCUCGUCCCACUGCGACUGCUGCUGCAAGAACGGCAAGGGCGACAAGGAGGGCGAGAGCGGCACGUCCUGCAACGAGCUGUCCACGUCGAGCUGCGACAGCCAGUCCGAGGCCAGCUCCCCGCAGGAGACCGUCAUCUGCGGGCCCGUCACGCGCCAGCCCAACAUCCAGACUCUGGACCGGCCGGCCAAGAAGGGCCCGGUGCAGCUGCUGCAGCAGUCCGAGAUCCGCAGGAAGAGCGACCUGCUGCGGACGCUCACCUCCGGCUCCCGCGAGUCCAACUCCAGCAAGAAGAAAGCAGUCAAGGAGAAGCUCUCCAUCGAGGAAGAGCUGGAGAAAUGUAUCCAGGAUUUCCUCAAAAUCAAAAUCCCAGAGAGGUUUCCCGAGAGGAAGCACCCCUGGCAAUCCGAACUGCUGCGGAAGUACCACCUCUAGGCUUCGGGUGGGCAGAGCACACGGCCUUGUUACGCUAGAGCCAGAUCCCAAGUGACACAACAGUAAUUCCCAACAACAACUAUUUGUUAGGUCGCCAAAACCAAAAUCCAUCUCUAGUACUGCCUAAUUUGCCUAUUUCACCUUAACAUUUCUAGUCGUAGGGGAACGAUAUUUUUGCAGUCCUGGAAGCACAAUGACAAACGCUUUUGUUUGUAAACUUGGAGUCUUACACAAGCUGAAAACCUUAAGGGCACCAGCAGGCCCACCCCGAGGGACGCUCGUGUGGCCCCGGAGCAGGCAGGGCAUGGGGAGGGCUCCGUGCCCUCUGCACCCUGCCGGGGGCACGGUGCCCGCAGGGAGGAGCACAGCACAACGCCCCAGCUCUGCCCCGGCAGUUUAAGCAUGUGUAUUUAUAUAUGUGCAUAUAUAUAUGUGUGUAUAUAUAUCUCUGUGUAUAUAUAUAUGUGUAUAUAUAUCAAUAUAUAUUGCUUAAAGAUU